UCUUAGAUCCAAAGCAUCUGCUGCUCUCAGAAACCUUCGUAUCAAAACCUUUUGAUCUACUUUCUUCAAUUCUUGACUUUGCCUUACUACUCUACACAUAUAUAAAAGAGAGAGAAAAGAUUUAAUUUUCAGUUCUCUGCUGAAAUUCUCUGCGUUUGGAGCAGCGUUUCUUCUCCGGCAUUUGGGAUCACGUAGGCGGAGCCUCGCCCAGAUCUAGCCGCCUUCAGUGACUCAGUCUAUUAUCAAAUCCUAGUCCUUAGCUGCUACAGCCUGCCCAAGUGGUUGGCUGGUGAAGAACGGGAUGAUAGAGUGCAGUGUCUGUCAUUCCAAACUGGUUUCUCCAUCCGCGAAGGCUGUUUCACGAGCAUAUGAUCGACACAGGAGCAAGGUAUCAUCAAAGCAACGGGUGCUUAACUUCCUCCUCGUUGGCGGUGAUUGCGUCCUAGUUGGUUUGCAGCCUGUUUUGGUUUAUAUGUCUAAGGUGGAUGGUCGCUUCAAGUUCAGCCCUAUUAGUGUCAACUUUUUGACGGAGGUUGCAAAAGUUCUUUUUGCAAUUUUGAUGCUCAUAAUCCAGGCUAGGCAACAAAAGGUUGGUGAAAAGCCGCUUCUCUCAAUUUCCACAUUUAUUCAGGCUGCUCGCAGCAAUAAGCUUCUUGCUGUUCCUGCCCUUCUUUAUGCUAUAAAUAACUAUCUGAAGUUCAUUAUGCAGCUAUAUUUUAACCCUGCAACAGUGAAAAUGUUGAGCAAUCUAAAGGUUUUAGUUAUUGCUGUACUUCUGAAGUUCAUAAUGAGACGCCGAUUUUCAAUAAUUCAGUGGGAGGCUCUUGCUUUGUUGCUGAUUGGGAUUACUAUAAAUCAGCUAAAAUCCUUCCCUGAGGGUACCACUGCUUUGGGUCUUCCAGUUACAACUGUUGCAUAUGUAUACACACUGAUAUUUGUGACUGUUCCUUCUAUGGCCUCAGUCUUCAAUGAAUAUGCCCUGAAAAGCCAAUAUGAUACCAGCAUUUAUCUUCAGAACUUGUUUUUAUAUGGGUAUGGAGCUUUAUUCAACUUUCUUGGGAUUAUUGGAUCUGCCAUCUUUAAAGGUCCCAGCAGCUUUAAUAUAUUGGAAGGGCAUUCAAAAGCUACAAUGCUUUUGAUAUGUAAUAAUGCUGCACAGGGAAUUCUAUCCUCCUUUUUCUUCAAAUAUGCUGAUACGAUUUUGAAGAAGUAUUCGUCAACUGUUGCCACAAUAUUUACAGGCAUAGCAUCUGCUAUUUUGUUUGGCCAUACUUUGACCAUAAACUUUAUGUUAGGGAUUUCAGUAGUCUUCAUUUCGAUGCACCAGUUCUUUUCACCUCUUGCAAAAGCCAAGGAUGACCAACAAAAUGGGGUGCUUGAGAGAGUGGAUGUACAGGAUAAUCAUAGGUAUUCACUUUUUAAUAUUAAAAUAAUUGCUUACUUGAAGCAUAGUAAUCUUUCGCUGGUCUUUUUGUUAAUUGUGUAAGAGAGGAUGCUUCUUCCAAAGUUCUCUUCUCUUGCAUGAAAAAAAUUGAAGGUUCAAUGGUAUAAAUAAGUACUGUUCUUAGACUUACCCUGUAUGUUAAAUGUGCCAAUAAUCUUUUGACUCACUCUCAUUUAGUUUAAACUUUUAUUUCUUGUGGAGGGGCUUCAAAGCUACUAAUUCUACUCUUUAACUUCUAUGUGGGUUGAGACUGGAGCACACCAUCUAAGUAUAUUAACAUGGUUUUGCUACUGAAUGCACUUAUAAAACAUUGAUAAGUUUCCUGUUUAUUUUGUGGAUUCCUGGAUAUUAACAUCCAUUUCUUCUUUGGAUGUGCUCGUAAAUCCAUUAUGAUUCUUUGUAGCAAGCAACUGUAUUCUGUUUUUAGCAAGCUGUGAGGGUGGAGAUUGGUUUUGGGGAGGGGAAAUGGCAGGGCAGGCACUUCUGACAUGGGUCCAAUUGAAGUCCUGAUCACUUUUUACACAUGUUUGGUCCUGUGGCUUUUAUUCCAUUUUCAGUCGUUUUUUCUCAAAUUUUCUUUUACAAUGUUUCUGAAUUACAUCAUUGCAUACUCCGACA